UGUUUACUUUAACCUUUCCUUUCUAUCUGCUUCUACUAGAUUGUUUGUCGUUUUUCUUGUGCUCUUUCUUUCCUCUUUCAUCAAAUAUUUUAUUAUUAUUAUUAUUGGUAUAUUAGUGUUAUUAAUUCUGAUCGAGCUUGAAAGCGGGACUUUUUAUGGUACUCCUUGGGAGAGAGGACGAUGGAGUACUAGUGCUUGAAGGUACGCCUGGUUACUGUUCUUCUUGUAACGGAAACCUUUAUUAUAUAUCACACAUAUUAGUGCUUCACGUUAUUCGAUCGCUUUCUUUUAUCAUCUUCUUCUUCCUCCGGUCCUCCUUGUCUUACUGGUAGGCCAUGCAAGGCAAUACGUAAAGCAGAUUUAGAGGUCUUUUGGAAGUGGGUCAGUACAGACGCUGCUAAAUAUGGCAACAAAUUAUUGUUUCCGCUGCUGGGUAGAUAUUCACCUUCCCGGUGCCAUGAGUAAAGCUUUUGAAGAGGGAAUUUUCCUUAUUCGGCUCUUAUUGUUGCUUGGUGUUGGGAGGCAAACUUCUGCUUCUUUUUGUUGCUGGUUAAUCACUCAGAAUUAUAAUGGAAGAGGAGAUGUCAAGCAUGAUAUCAAAUGGCAGAGUGAAUCCAACUGCUGAAGAUUCUGAUUCGAGCAGCAACACUUACCCGCUUCCUGCGAAAAUGCAUGCAAGACAUGGUAGCAAUGUCUCCAUGAAAUUCAAAGGUGUUGUCCCCCAACCAAAUGGGCAUUGGGGCGCACAAAUAUAUGCCAAUCACCAACGGAUUUGGCUUGGGACUUUCAAGUCUGAAAAAGAAGCAGCCAUGGCUUAUGAUCGCGCAGCCAUCAAGCUUCGGAGUGGAGGUUCCCACAAAAAUUUUCCAUGGACUGAUGAUACCAUUGUUGAAGAGCCAAACUUUCAAAAUCUAUAUAGUACUGAAGCUGUCCUCAACAUGAUAAAGGAUGGUUCCUAUCAAUCGAAGUUUGAAGAGUUUCUAAGGACGCGUUCACAUAUUGUGGAAACAGAAAAUGGUUUGAACUUGGCUAGGGUGCAAAGCAAAGAGCUCUUGUGUAAACUACUUUUCCAAAAGGAGCUUACACCGAGUGAUGUGGGAAAGCUAAAUAGACUUGUCAUCCCAAAGAAACAUGCUAUGAAGUACUUUCCACAUAUUUCUGAAUCGGCUGAAGAUAAUGCCGAAGGGGGCUCCAUGGAAGAUGUACAGCUAAAUUUCUAUGACAGGAUGAUGAGGUCAUGGAAAUUUCGUUACUGUUAUUGGAAGAGCAGCCAGAGCUUUGUCUUUACAAGAGGUUGGAAUAAGUUUGUGAAGGAGAAAUAUUUGAAGGCUAAUGAUAGCAUUAGUUUCUACUUGUGCGAGUUCAAAGAAGUAGCAGAAGACGCAAACUCAUUCUGCAUGAUUGAUGUCAUCAGGGGUGAAAACAGUCAUAGCUUGGCUCAUGAGCAGGCAAACCAAUAUGUUGGGAAGCAACUGGAACUAACACUACUUGAAGUAAGUCAUCAAAUUGACAAUGAUAUUGAUGAGAAGAAUCUUGAAGAGGAGGAAUUGAAGGGGCCCAAGCCAACACAUGAAACUGAAAAAAAAGGUUUUAGGCUCUUUGGUGUACAAAUCAUUUGAAGCAGAUAUGAUUUCCUAGGUUUUUUUUUUU